CGGAUUUAAUCUUGACAGUAUUUUCUAUAAUCUCUAGGUAUGAUUGGUAAUUAUCGUCUAUGCAUUUACAAUGUAGUUUAAAGUUUUAAGGGAGUAUCCUCCAUAACUGUCAUCAAGGUACAAUGUGAAUCCAUGGCAUUCUAACAGAAAACUACUUGAUCAAUCAUAUAUUUAAAAGCAAUAUCAAUGUAUACUUGGACGUAACUGUGCAGCAUUAUGUAACAAUAUGAAUGGUGCUUUUGUUAUUUCAUUGGUAUCAACAUUUGUUAUCUGGAAAGUAUCUGGACAAUGUUCUGGUACAACUGAAAAUACGACUGUCGGAUACACAACAGUUAAAGUGUCUCCACCAGGAUAUCCAGCGCCUGGCUAUGCUAUAAAUUCGAAUUGUGCUUGGUUAGGAUCGACCUCAAUAUCUGGAGACGUCCUUCUAUUUAGAGUUACUGACAUCACUUUAAGUUGUGCAGGAGACGCGAUUAAUGUUUAUGAUGGAACAUCAACUUCUGGGACCCAAGAACACAAAAAUGAAUGCGCAUCGGGAUCUGGUUCAAGAACUCUUGGUUAUCAGACCGCUUCAACUGGAAAUGUUUACACGACUUUUACAUCCGACUCCACUUCUUCAGCUUCAGAACUGGGAUUUCUUAUGUAUAUGAUCAGUGCUAAUGAUUUUUCUGGAACAGGGUGUUCAUCAGCACAAAGUAUGAAUGCCACAAGUACAGAGCAGUAUUUAUCAAGUCCAAGCUUUCCAAGUACUUACCCACUAAAUACAGUUUGCACAUGGGAUAUCACAACAACAGAUUCAAAUGCCAAUGUUAUUUUGAAGAUACUAUUUAUGGAUAUUGAAAAGGAAUCAUCGUGUGGGUAUGAUUACAUAACAAUAACUGAAUCGGGAACAACAACAAAACACUGCACGCAAGAUUUAUGGGAACCUACAUUCACAUAUACUAGUUCAGGAAACAAUUUUCGUGUUGAAUUCAAGUCUGAUAAUGCCAGUCCAAAGAGAGGAUUUUUGUUAUCCUAUGUUCAAAAAGAUACCUCAACAGCUCAGUCAUCUGGACAAUCUGAUGGUGAUUCAACAAUUGGAAUAGUAUGUGGAGUACUUGCAGCAUUACUAGUGCUCACUGCAAUAGUGGUUGCUAUUAUUUUAUAUAAGAAAUACAAUAAACAGCAAAAAAAACAUAAUAAUAAAAUAUGUCCAUCUGUAUCACCCAAUGAUUGCUAUGAUAAUAAUAAAAAUGUUUCGUAUACUGAUAGCAUAAUGUUUGCCUUACCAGAGUGUACUAAAGAUAUGUCUCAAAAAGCUAUUUUUUCAGAAAAAUCCCUUUAAGUUUUCCCAGGUCAUAAAAGUAUAUCUACUACUAAACAGAUUGAUG